UCUGCUGGUUCGGUUUUUGCAUCUUUCCGUACUUUUUCGUCUGUCUUAUCUCCCGCGCAUGGGCAGGCUUCACCCAAGCGAAACAGGAAAGUUUUCGCAAAAAGUUUGCAAUCCCGCAAAAUAGUCGUGGCCGAGUUGUGGACUCCUUUCAGAUUGUUGAUUGUAAUUACUCAGUGAGUGCGAAUAACCAGGAUGGCGGGAGCGUCUGCAAUUUCGUCAGCCGGUGCUAUACGGAACUCUAAGCUGAAAUCUGUGGAGGAUAUUGUGAUUGAUAAAUCUGGCAAGUUCAAGUACAUCCUUAUGAAGGUGCACGACCCGGACAAAGACCGAGAAUUUAAACACAUCGUCCGGGGCCACAGCAAAGCACAUUUUCACGCUGAUAUUUAUGAUGAAGUAUCAUCUGCAAUAGAAGAUAAAGGCUUAGACUGUGAAUGUGUGGGCGGCGGAAGAAUCCACAUGGAACCUCAUCACAAGAAAAUUCAAGUAUAUGGUUAUUCACAGCAAUACGGGCGAGCGGACCACUCAAUAACACACGCUCUGUUACUACGUAAAUACCCCGAAUUUAACAUCACAUGGAACAAUGAUGGAUACUGAGCUUUAGAGAAAUGGGUGGGACCAGACAGUCAGGGGGGGGUUUCAAACGAAGCAGCAUGUUCACUGGCCCGGGGUGAGCGCAUCUUCGCUGUGGGGCUAUUGUACGAGUUGUGUGGCCCGUCUUCUUCAUUUCACUGUCGGCAGGCACGAAGGUGCCCUGCUGGGAUAACAAGCUGAAUGUCCAUGAAUACCGUUUCCCAUUUCAGUUCCAGAUAGUAGAGAUUUUUUAACAUUUUAUAGUCGACCAUUGUUUGUCAUCCUCAUUGUGAUGGAAUUCUCCAUGAAGUUUUGUCCAUUGGAAAUGUAUUAUGUGUAAUUCUGGAUUCAUUUUGUUGUUGUUGUGCAUUGUGAUUCUAAGUAUCUAGAACUGGGCAUUUUGCUUAAAAGAAGCAGAACGUUUUAUACCAAAGGUUUAUCAUAGUACAAAAAAAAAGAAAAAAAAAGUUUGUUUUGUUUAACGACAUCAUUAGAGCAAUUGAUUAAUCAUGGGCUAUUGGAUGUCAAGCAUAUGGUAAUUUUGACAUAUAGUCUUAGAGAGGA